AUGGCUGCGCUGGCUCGGAGCAUCCUAGUGACGGGGUCCAACCGGGGCAUUGGGCUGGAGCUCGUGAGGCAGCUCGCCGCCAGCCCCCGGCCCCCCCAGCACAUCUUUGCCACCUGCCGUGACCCCAAGGGUCCGAGAGGGAAGGCCCUGCAAGAAUUAGCUGCCCAGCACCCCAGCAUCAAACUGGUCCAGCUAGACGCAGUGAACUUGCCCAGCAUCCGAGGUGCUGUGCGGGCUGUGGGGUCUCAUCUGAAGGACCAGGGCUUGAACCUGCUCAUCAACAACGCGGGUGUCAGCUCGCAUGCCACACUGCGCUCUCUGGAUUCGCGGGAGAUGCUCUCUGCGUUCGCCACCAAUGUGGUCAGGCCAGUUCAGGUUACCAAGGAAUUUCUGCCACUCCUGGAGAAGGCAGCGAAGGGUGUGGGGAAGGAGGGGCUGAGCUGCAGCAGGGCCGCAGUCAUCAACAUCUCCACCAAACUGGGCUCCAUUGGGCUGUGCCUCAGGGCUGCCCAGAACAUGGUGACGAGGUGCAUGGCUGCAGAGCUCCAAGACAAGGGGAUCUUGUGCGUGGCCAUCCAUCCUGGCUGGGUGAAGACUGACAUGGGGACGGAGAAGGCACCCCUGAUGGUGGAGCACAGUGUGCAGGGCAUCCUGAUGGUGCUGGCCAGCCUCUCACAGGACACCUCUGGAGCCUUCCUUGACUGGGAAGGGAACACCCUGCCUUGGUGA